AUGCAGCGCUUCUCGCGGCUGGCCCGCCGCGGCCUGGCCACCGUCAGCGAAGCUCCCCUCAGCCGCAAGGUCCGCCAGAACAUCCACGAGGAUGGCAACUUCAUCAACUACGCUAAGAUGGCGGAGAACCUGUCCAUCGUGCGCAGUCGUCUGAACAAGCCCCUUACCUACGCCGAGAAGAUCAUCUACUCUCAUCUCGACGAUCCCCACAACCAGGAGAUCGAGCGUGGAAAGUCAUACCUGAAGCUGAGGCCGGAUCGUGUUGCUUGCCAGGAUGCCACCGCCCAGAUGGCCAUCCUGCAGUUCAUGUCCGCCGGCAUGCCUUCGGUGGCCACCCCCACCACCGUCCACUGCGACCACUUGAUUGAGGCGCAGGUUGGCGGCGAGAAGGAUCUUGAGCGCGCCUCGAACAUCAACAAGGAGGUCUACGACUUCCUGUCGACUUCGUGUGCCAAGUACAACAUUGGUUUCUGGAGGCCCGGCUCUGGUAUCAUCCACCAGAUCGUCCUUGAGAACUACGCUUUCCCCGGUGGUUUGAUGAUCGGUACCGACUCGCACACCCCCAACGCUGGUGGUCUGGGAAUGGCUGCCAUUGGUGUUGGUGGUGCCGAUGCUGUCGACGUCAUGGCCAACCUCCCCUGGGAGCUCAAGGCCCCCAAGGUUAUUGGUGUUAAGCUCACUGGCCAGAUGUCUGGCUGGACUGCUCCCAAGGACAUCAUUCUGAAGGUUGCUGGCAUUCUCACCGUCAAGGGUGGUACUGGUGCCAUCAUUGAGUACCACGGUCCCGGCACCGACUCGCUCUCUUGCACUGGUAUGGGUACCAUCUGUAACAUGGGUGCUGAGAUUGGUGCUACCACCUCGAUUUUCCCCUUCAACGACCGCAUGUACGACUACCUUGCCGCUACCAAGCGUAAGGACAUUGGUGACUUCGCUCGCACCUACGCCAAGGACCUCCGUGAGGACGAGGGCGCCGAGUACGACCAGCUCAUCGAGAUCAACCUCUCGGAGCUCGAGCCCCACAUCAACGGCCCCUUCACUCCCGAUCUCGCGACCCCCAUUAGCAAGUUCAAGGAGGCCGUCAAGGAGAACGGCUGGCCGGAGGAGCUCAAGGUCGGUCUGAUUGGUUCCUGUACCAAUUCCAGCUACGAGGAUAUGAGCCGAUCCGCCAACAUCGCCCAGGAUGCGAUGGACCAUGGCCUCAAGGCGAAGGCUUUGUUCACCGUCACCCCUGGUUCCGAGCAAAUUCGCGCCACGAUUGAGCGCCACGGCCAGCUCAAGACUUUUGAAGAGUUCGGUGGCAUGGUUCUUGCCAACGCUUGCGGUCCCUGCAUUGGCCAAUGGGACCGUCGGGACGUAGCCAAGGGCACACCCAACUCCAUCAUCUCGUCGUACAACCGCAACUUCACCGGCCGCAACGACGCGAACCCUGCGACCCACGCCUUCGUCGCCUCGCCCGACCUCGUCGUCGCCCUCACCAUCGCCGGCACGCUUAACUUCAACCCUCUCACUGAUACUCUGAAGGGCGCGGACGGCAAGGAGUUCAAGCUCAAGGAGCCCACCGGCGACGGCCUCCCCGCCAAGGGCUUCGACCCCGGCCGCAACACUUACCAGGCUCCCCCGGCUGAUCGCUCCUCUGUCAACGUUGCAGUGUCACCGACGUCAGACCGCCUGCAGAUUCUGCAGCCUUUCCAGCCGUGGGAUGGCAAGGAUGCGACGAACCUCCCGAUUCUCAUCAAGGCUAAGGGCAAGACUACCACCGACCACAUCUCCAUGGCCGGUCCCUGGCUGAAGUACCGUGGUCACCUUGACAACAUCUCGAACAACAUGCUUAUCGGUGCCAUCAACUCUGACAACGGCGAGGCCAACAAGAUCAAGAACCAGACCACCGGUGAAUACGGUGCCGUUCCCGACGUUGCCCGCGACUACAAGAAGAAGGGCAUCAAGUGGGUUGUCAUUGGUGACUGGAACUACGGUGAGGGCUCUUCCCGUGAGCACGCCGCUCUCGAGCCCAGGCACCUUGGUGGCCUUGCUAUCAUUACCAGGUCUUUCGCCCGUAUUCACGAGACCAACCUGAAGAAGCAGGGUAUGCUUCCUCUCACUUUCUCCAACCCCGAGGACUACGACAAGAUCCAGCCCCACGACAAGGUCGACCUCCUCUGCACCCAGCUUGCUGUCGGCAAGCCCAUGACUCUCCGUGUGCACCCGGCCGACGGCAGCCCCACCUUCGACAUUGAGCUGUCGCACACCUUCAACGAGGGCCAGAUCGAGUGGUUCAAGAACGGCAGCGCGCUGAACACCAUGGCUAAGGCCGCCAAGGCAUAG